CCUGUAGCAACAUAUAGCAACAAACGCGUUAGAAAGAGACAAACAUUUGUUGUGGCCAACAUUGACAUGACAGACUAGACUGACACAAAAACAUUACCCAACAAACUCUUGUCAAACUCGGUUCAAUAUGGGAGACGUGUAAUAAAAAACUAAAAAAGUUGUGUAGUUGACUCCCCUUUUCCUGAAAAUUCGCGUUAAUUUCGUUUAAAAUGGGCGACGGUGUUAACAAAUCGGGAAGCUCCCAAGUGGAACCCACAAUGAAGGGUUGGCUUUUUAAGUGGACUAAUUACCUCAAAGGGUACCAAAGACGUUGGUUUGUGCUCCAAAAUGGCCAUUUGUCCUACUACAGGGCCGAAAAUCACCAUGGAAUUGCCCCUACAUUGUCCAUCAGGCGACGCAGAAAGUUCAAAGGAGGAUGAUGCGUCAAAGUCGUUAGAAGUCAUAUCAAUACCUUUAUCAACGGAACAAUUUGAGGAUGAUAAAUCCGAAAAAUUAAAUUCCUUUGAGACAUCUAAGGAGACGACAUCUAAUGAAAUGAAUCUGGAAAUGAACAAAGAAGAUGAAUCAGAAAUAAUUGAAGAUCUAGAAAGUUAUGGGAAAUUAUUCGAAAAUAUUGAAACCACCGACAAAACGGAUGCCACUGACACUCAAAGCAUUAAUCAGCACGAUGGAGUUUUGAAAUUACAAAUUAAGAGUAAACUAAAAAUAACAGAAUUUUUAGAUUUAGAGGUAAACCUGGCAACAAGAAACCAAGCAGAAAUGGCGCACACAUGUAGAGGCAGUAUUUCACUUCACGGGGCCUUGAUCUACACUGUGGAUCCAUGCACAUUUGUAAUCUCCAAUGGAGGCACACAAACUUUCCACAUUAAAGCCUCUUCUGAGGUGGAAAGACAAUCUUGGGUUACUGCCUUGGAACUGGCGAAAGCUAAAGCUAUUAGAAAUAUGGAAUCGGAAGAAGAUGACGUAGAUGCUGAAGAAUCUGGCAUGUCUGAGGAACCUGAUGUGAUGAGAAAAUUAGAGGGUGCUCUUAAUGAACUUCAGAUUUGUGGAGAACUUUUAGGCAAGCACUGGAAAAAUUUGGCCAAGCCUUUGAGUGAAAUCGAAUCCACUCCCGAUCCUGAUUUACUUAAUAGCAAAGCUAAAGAGGUUUGCGAACGGGCUACAUUGUUUCGGAUUUCCAGUAAUGCCAUGAUAAAUUCGUGUGCUGAGUAUUUGAAAACCGCUCAGACUCACGGGCACAAACUUGUGAAGCUUCUUCAGCACGAAAGAGAACAGAGACAAAGGUUACAAGAAAUGGUAGAGACUCUGGCUGAGCAACAUUCGAAAUUAGAGCGAGCUGCAAAUGCUCAUGCACAUAGAGCAGUAGCUAGCGAGCCUGAAGAAGAAGAUGAAAACGAGUUCUUCGAUGCCGUAGCCGAUGGUGGUCAUAAUUCCGAUGCGAACGAUCACUUUACUCUGGAUAUAAGGACAAGAACUGGAGUUAGAAGAAACAGUUCAGAUAGUUCUAGCGAGGCUGAGGAGACUCAAGAAACUAAACAGGUAGUAGUUGUCACAGGGAGUAAGCACCCUAACAGUACAACCAAAAGCGAUGCUGACGCAACCGUGGCAACAGUGGCUACAUCUAAUCAAGAUACUAAAGCCGGGAGGCGUAGGAGAAGAACUAGAAUACCAGACAAGCCCAACUAUCCCCUAAAUCUAUGGUCAAUCAUGAAAAAUUGCAUCGGCAAAGAUUUAUCAAAAAUUCCUAUGCCCGUGAACUUUAACGAACCUCUAAGCAUGCUACAAAGACUAACAGAGGAUUAUGAAUAUGCAGAUAUUUUAGAUCGGGCAGCCCAAUGUACAGAUCCUUGUGAACAAUUAGCUUAUGUUGCUGCCUACACAAUAUCGUCAUACUCUACAACGUCUAACCGAACAGGGAAACCUUUCAAUCCACUUUUAGGAGAAACCUACGAAUGCGAUAGAACCGAUGAUUUAGGCUGGAGAUGUUUCAACGAACAAGUCUCCCAUCAUCCUCCAAUAGUGGCUCAGUAUUGUGAAGGGGCUGAGUGGCAUUGUUGGCAAGAAUUCACUAUGACGUCAAAGUUUAGAGGGAAAUAUUUACAAAUUAUCCCGUUGGGAAGUGCCCAAGUAGAGUUUUUAAAGAGCGGUAAUAAAUUUGGGUGGAGAAAAGUGACUACGACUGUUCAUAAUAUUAUUGUUGGGAAAUUAUGGGUCGAUCAACACGGUGACAUGGAAAUUAUUGGUAAAGGAGCGGCUACAGGAAUUAAUUGUCAAUUAAAAUACAUACCCUAUUCAUAUUUCACUAGAGACUCACAAAGAAGAGUUAAAGGGGUUGUUAUGGAUAAUGGAAAUGUUAAAUGGGUUAUCAAUGGAACCUGGGAUGAACAGGUUGAAAUUGCCCCAGUUAUUGGUAACACUGGCACACCGUCUAAUCCAGUUUACCAAACCGGUACUCCUGUGGUAGCAUGGAAACGUAGACCACCUCCAGAGGAUUCUGAACGAUUUUAUAACUUUACACUGCUUGCAGCUCAACUUAAUGAACCUGAAGAGGGAGUGGCUCCUACUGAUACUAGGUUGAGGCCUGAUCAGAGGCUAAUGGAAGCCGGUAAUUGGGAGCAAGCGAAUAAGGAAAAAUUACGAAUUGAAGAGAAACAAAGGGCUGUGAGACGGAAACGAGAAGCUGAUGCGGAAAAAGCGGCAGCUGAAGGUCGACCCUAUACUCCAUACAAACCAAUUUGGUUCGAGCAACAAACUGAAGAAGGCAGUGAUGUCAUAACUCACACAUAUAAGGGAACCUACUGGACAAGUAAAAACGAACAAAAUUGGUGUGAAUGUCCAGACAUAUUUUAAAAAAUAAGCUUACAUUAUACAUAUUGUAAAGAGUUGUAAUUCUAGAAGAAAAGUCACAAUAUAAUUAUAAUCUAUGUAUGUAUAAACAAACUAUAUGGCGGAAUAACACAGAAUGUUAACUAUUAAUGAAAGUAAUGGUCAUGGUCAGAUAUACAAAAAAAAUAUAGAAAUGUGGUUAAGUUUAUUAGGCAAUUAGUUCUGUUUAUCACUAUUCAUUUGACUAAUUUCUCAAAAUUUAUAAUUCAUCUGCCAUGUCUGUGAGUGUUUUUAUGUAGGAAAAUCCAAAAAAAAAAAAUUAUCUUUAUCAGAGAAGGCGAAUUAAAACUUUGAAAAGUUGGAUAAACUAUAAUGUGAAAUAGGUCCUUAAUUGGUCUUUACCCUUUUCGAAUUACAUUAAUACUAAUAGCAGUUUGUUAUAAUUGAGAAUGUGUGUAAUCCCAGCCUAAUACAAUCGGAUUUAAAAAUAUCAGACAAGGAUAAGAACAUCUAGGUGGAAGAGGGGCUACAGGUUUUCAGAUUAAAUAAUUGAGCACUAAUAAAGUUGACAUUAUUGUUUCGAUUUUCAUGUAAAAGCUAAACAAUCAAGCCUGUGUGUUAACCAGCCUUGAAACAAAAUUUCUUUAAAGUUUUUCCUAAUUUGCCGUACUGUAAUUGUUACAAUAAAAACAUGGUAAUCAAUUUAUUGCUAUUUUUGGGUCAAAACUGGUAUUAAAUCUGGGUGAAGAAGUGCAGGUUAAGGGUAAACUUGAAUGUUGUGAUCAUUUUUCAAUCUGUACUUUGUCUAGAAACAAGGUUUGUUGUGUUAAUAACAAACUAUAACUUUACCAUAAGAACUAUACUCCGGAAAACUCCAAUAACUGCUAUUUUAUAUGAGUUAUGAAAACAAUGUGACCUUAAAAACUGGACUAAAUAGAUUGCCUGAAUGAUUAUAGCUGUAAAAAGAUAUGUUAUUUUUAUGAUGGAAGUCCUGAAAGUAACGUUUUAUUUUGUGAGAAUGGAAGUUUGGAUCCCUCUUAACCCAUUAGUGCAUAAGGUUACAAAAAUUUUAAAUGUUGAGUUUCUAUUAUUUAAAUGAUAUAAUUAGAGAUAUUUAAACACACUUUUGUCAUAAUUUCUUAAAUAUUUUAUUAACAAAAGAAAAUACAGCAUGUUCGUUAUAUCGCAGGCUAAAUAAAAAAUAUUAAAUAUUCUACAUAAAAUAAAUAAAAAUUGAAGUGAAACUAAGGUGUGUGAUACAGUAGAAAGCAAGUUUUGGGAUGUAAUCCUCUUUGGCACUGGACGCAUAUAAACUUUGCAUUCUUUCCACAACUGGCACAACGUUUCUGUUUUUCUGAGUACUCUGGCAAGUGAUUUAUUUUAUCAAACCUCACGUCAUGAAUUGGUGUAAGUUUUCCCUUCUUUGAUUUUUGGCCAUUGGCUUUCAAAAGACUUAAAGCUAGAUAUCUUCGGAAUUUUAACAAGGCACUGGACAUUUCAUGAGAUGGAUGGAUUUUCCUAAAAAGCAACCAUGCGUUCACAACGGAAACAUCAAAGAGAUAUGAAAAUAUCGGCCACCACCAUUUGCGCUGCCUCAUUCUGCUUCUAUAAACUGCGACCAAUCCAUCUAAUUUGUCCACGCCGACCAUUCCUUUAUUGUAAUUGUCAAAAAUCUUAGGUUGCGGUAUCAAGAUUUUGGCUUUACUUUCCCUGCAAUAACGUGAAGUGUUUUUCAUCUCAUGAGUUUCAAAGUUGGAUGCUCCAGUAACUACUUUGCUAUCCUUCCAUUGACACACCAUAACUUUUUCAGUGCUCGAGUAUAUAUGCGAACCUCGUUUCUCCUUCGCCAUUUUUUUGUAACCAUUUUUGAGUGGGCAAGCUCCUAAUCUAUUUUCUCAAACUGUACCUGUGGCGCAGAAUCCCAAUGUAGACAGGUGAUCGAGGAGUUUUAUGGAUGUGAAAUAAUUGUCCAUAUAAAUUUUAUAACCUUGAUUGGCUGGAAUUUCAGCCAGUUUUAUCAAAUCUAGUACUACGGUGCCACCUAAACCAAAUACAUCCGGUUGAUUUUGAUUUUUAUUAUUUUUUCCGGUGUAUAUGUCAAAACUUAGCAUAUAGCCAUUAUUGGUACAUAUUGCCCAGUUUUUGAAACCAAACCUUAUUGGUUUUACCUUUAUAUAUUGUUUGGCAAAAUGCUUACCAUAAUACGGUAUCAUGCUCUCGUGGAUACUUGGGUGUUCAUCCAAACCACCAUAUUUUUUGGAACUUUGAUUUAGUUUAUCUAUAAGAGGUUGCAGCUUAUACAAUUUAUUUUCUUUAUCAAUGCGACUAUUAUCAUUUAGAUGUAAAUAUCUCAAAAUUGCUUCAAAUCUAUUUAGUCUUAUGCUCUCCGAUAAAAUUUUUGGAACAUCAUUUUCAUUCGACCAGUAUAAACGUUUAUUUGGAUAUUUACCAUAUCCAGAUAGUAGAAGGCCACCAAGAACCACUAACAAUUCUUGUCUAGUCAUGCCCAAUGCAUAAUUUUUUUGCUGUGCAUAUACAUUUGUUUGUACUUCGAUAUUUUCAAGAACAUCUUCAUCAAAAAAGAGCUGAAAAAAUUCCAAUGGCGUUUUCUUCUCAUAUACUAUAUUGGGUGGGUUCUUUUGACUGCAAUCUUGUGAAAUAUCAAAAUGCAACUCCCGAUUAGUCCAUGUUUCAUCAAGUUUUAUUUUCUUAGCUGGUAGCUUUCUUUUAGAUUUCGCCAAUAAAUUGGCCGCUGCAUUUGGAAACAAUCUUGCCAAUGGUAUGUUGUCAUCCUGGUCUUCGUCUGAUCCAGCAGGUUCUGAAUAUAUGGGCAGGUUGGCAGUUCCAUUUGAAAGCAAAUUUUCAAGAGGAUUAUCGCUAUUUUCAUCAUCUGUAUCUUGAUGCCUCGUAGCAGCGAAUUCACUUUGUGCGCGUAACAUAGCUGGACCUAAAUGGGAAAUAUUGCCUUCAUGAUCGUCAUCGGAUAGGUCACUAUCAACGUCAGUAUCAGCCCCAUCUGUUGGUGGAAUUAUGUAAACAUUGCCGCAUUCUACCUCACUAUCUUCCAAGCAAUCUAUAAGCUCUGAAAGCGUCAAUCUAAAAAAAAAAAACAAUAAUUUCAGCAAAUGUGUCCGGGCUGCAUAGUGUUCGAUAAAACGAACACAAUCAAAACAUCAGUUUUUUCAAUGUCAAAAUAAUAACUAAGAUAUUUAUAAUAUUGGAAACAGUAAAUAUAUGAUCUUAUGCAUGCUUGACACAAAUAUUGUUGAUAUAUUAUCAACAAUAAAAAUAAAAAAAAUUUAAACACUUACCCGCCCCGUCGAGAAUUGUAUAAACUCGCAUCCAUAACAAUCAAAAAUCUAAAUAACUCAAUCUAAUUAGUUCGGGAUCGGCUCAAAUGCUCCAAACACUCUGUUCACACUCACAUGACACUUCUAAGCCAUGACGAGUCGCCAGUUAACACAGGCGUCUUUUUUACCGGACAAAAAUGGCGCGUUCGAUUAAACGAACGCUAUACACUAAUGGGUUAACCAAAUACAGUUACUUUUAGCAUGUAUAUCAUGUACGUUUUUUUUCUACAAACACAAGAGCAGUGUUGGAACAAACCUAUAGGAACUUCUGAAUUUUUGCCAUCCGCAACAAGGGCUACCCGCCCAUUGAUCAAUUUGUUAACCACUCAAAUAAUUUUGGGAUAACUUUCCAAAUUAAUCCAAAUAUUCAUCACUCAUUAAAAGGCAUCUGAAUUACUUGAGUGUCCAGACUAUAGUAGUUAGACUGUGUUUUUCUAACACCUUGUAAUAUAAACUAUGAAUAUAUUUUUAUUAUUACGCCUUUUAUAGUCAUUUUAGUAAUCUAUAUUAUAUUUGUUUUUUUUUUAUAUAUAAUAUACUUAUGUUAAUUAUUGUUUUUAUUUUAGUUUAUUUUGCGAGGGUGUUUUUCUGUUAGACAAAAUUAUUAGGUUUUUUAAUUUAACCAUUGUGUAUAUUUAUGGGUUUCGGAGUACCUCAGUUGACAAAGUUACUGCUUUUUCCUAUAAUGUGAUAAAAUGUAAAUAAAUAUACAUUGCUUUUGAAA